UAUCGAGUCGUACACUUUCUCUCUUUUCGAUCUCCAUUUUCUUGUGACGAAGAAAAACCAUUUUCUCUUUCGAAGACCGCAAAACUCUCCGCAGAUAACUGUUUCGAUGGAGAAAACGCUGAGCGCGCAGAAGAAGAAGAAAGCUCCGAAGCAGCCGAAAGCGGCGGCGGCGGCUAACGGCGCCGCCGCCAGGAAACAGCUGAAGGUGGUGUACAUCUCGAAUCCGAUGAAAGUAGAGACGAGCCCGUCGGAAUUUAGGGCUUUGGUGCAGGAACUUACGGGCCAGGACGCCGACGUCCCCGGCCCGGGACCGUUCAAGUUCCCGCCGGGCCCCGGUGUCGGUGCCGCCGCCGCCGGGGCUCCGAACGGGAAUAAAGCCGCGGCGGAAGAACAUUCCGGCGAGGCGGGGCUGCAGCAUGACGUGGCGGAGAGCUCAGAUCUCUCGUCGGAGACGGCGCCGCCGGAUUACGUGCCGCAGUUGAUAGAGGAUUUUCCGGGGAUAAUGCCUUCAAACAUGUGGUAUGGUUGAACGUAUUGAAUGUGAUGAAGUUAAGUUAAUUGCUUAAUUUAUCGCCAAAAAAAAAAAAAACAGAAGCCUAAACUGAACUAAAAAAUUAAUUGUAAAUUAGGAAAAAACAGUAUUAUGUGAAUCCUAGUAUAGGCUUCUGUAUUAUGUAUGUGUUUUGAUUUUAUGAUUAUCGAUCGUCUUUAACCCUA